CUGCUCACGUGAUGGGCUCCAGGGGGGGUGGGGCUCAACCCCAAUCAAAGCGCACCAUAACAACAACAACAACGGCGUUUGCCUUCUCCUGCAAGAGUCGAGAGGUUUUCUGCGCACAACUAAGCACUGAAUAUACGAAUGCUGCACAAUGAAUGAAAAAGGAGAUCUACUGUCGGAAAGUUUGCAGAAGUUGGAGCGACUCCCAACUGAAAUAGGAGGAGGGAAGAGUAGGGGAGACAGAGAUCAGCAAUGGAUCGAAGAAACGGAGGAAAAGGCGCAAAGAGGUAAUGCAGACGCCCAGUUCUCCCUCGGACAGUAUCACUACUCCCAGGGCAACCACGAGACUGCACUGCGGUACUUCUCCAGUGCGGAGGGCGGUGGGAGCGCCCAGGCCUCAUACCAGCUGGGAGUAAUGUUCUAUGACGGCGUUGACGCUCCCCAGAACCCCAAGAGAGGUUUUCAGCACAUGCUGAAGGCAGCACAGUCUGGAAACUCGGUUGGUGCUGGAGCUCAAUACAACAUUGGCCGGGCAUUCUACCAAGGAUAUGGUGUGGCACAGUCGGAUGAGGAAGCAGAGAGAUGGUGGCUAAAGGCGGGAGAGGGAAGAAGAUCAGUGGAGGGGGGAGAGGGAGAGAAGGAGGAGGAACAAGGGGGAGAGUGGGAGAGUGUUGUGAGAGCACAGAACACACUAGGCAUGUUUUACUCCCGACAGGAAACUCAAGAUUUGGGGAAAUCACUCCACUGGCACUCGUGUGCUGCUGAAAAUGGCCAUUUGGAAUCCAUGGCGGCGGCAGGCCUGAUGAGACUAAACGGUAGGGGCUGCCCGCGAGAUGUGACUGCAGGGCUGCAAUUGCUGAAGAACGCUGCAGCUGGAGGAAGUCUGUAUGCAGCAGGCCUACUAGCACUCCACUACUUCACUUCAAAGCUUUUCUCCAAGUCAACUGAGACAGCACUCAGUGUGUGUGAGUUGCAGAGUGAUGCAGGCAGUCUGUCAGUGCUGGAGAGAAAAGGAAUGUCUCUCGCUUGCUUCACUCUGGCCCGCUCUCUCCAGCUAGGCCAGGCUGUUUCUCAGGACCUCGAUAAAGCCAUCCAGUACUUCACCAAGGCAAAAGGUUACGACAAAGACACAGUAGCUGAGCUGCACACCCAAGUUAUUCAUGGACUGUUAUAAGUGUACAGUACUUCUCGAGUGCAAAACUCCGCGCGCGCAUGCAUUUCCGGGGUGCAGAACCGAACCGCCACGACGACAGGUCGGCGGGUUUUAUAAAAAUGCGUGCAUGGAGCUCUUCAAAACAGAAAUAUCCGAUUGUGCUAGAGAAUCGAAAUGGCUGAAGAACGAAACAGAUUUGCUUCCCUAUGGGAAAAAGUAACGUCCACAGGAGAGUACUUGAGACUUGGCGCAAUUGUACGUGAGUGACGGGACUCGUCAAUUUUGCAUUGUAGUGGCACUAAAGCGACAUGCAUAUCUCUUACGCAGAUCGCCAGCAGCCUUACCUUGAUCGCAGGAGCCAUAGCUCUCAACACAGCCAUGAAGUAUGAACCCAAGACGGCUGAGGAGGGAGAUGGUGGACUGGUCGAGUCCGGAGAACGCCCGGCGAACGGACCACUCAUCGAUCAGACAUUGGUCGUGACGGGGAUUCUGACGGCCGCCGCCGCAACGACACUCAUUCUGCAGACGGCGCUCAUUCUCGCGUCGAAAUGCUGCGUCUACGUCUACGAGCCUUCCCUCUCCACUCUUGUCUACCUCAAGCUAACGGAUUUCUUGGCUAGUUUCGUACUGGUGGUGGCUGCAACGGGAAGCACAACUCUAGAAGGUGUAGUGGCAUAUCACUGGUCCAACAUCAACCAAGACAGUAGAGAUGACAGUCUGUUCAGAGCCGUAGCUGGAAGCACCACAUUUGCCUCUCUGCUGUGCCUAAUUUUGUUGGCUCUGUGCAUCGUGACUUUUUACACUUUCUAUUUGCUGCACAAAUCAUCAUCACGCAACAGACAGAAAACUGUCAGCAGUAUUGCAGCUGUGUAGUUUGCCUAUUGUGUUACGUGUGAUUCUCUCUGUUUAUUUUCAUUCAACCAUCUUGUAACAUUUCCCAUGGGUACACCCCAAACUCAAUUAUUGUCGUGGACAUACAUAACUACACACACUCAACAAUCUUGACAUAUUUCAAUGGCAGUGG